AUGCUGGAUAGCAAAUCGGCAAGCGAAACUCCACAAAACAACCAAGACGUUUCCACUCCGAACUCACAACAACCACAUGCCAUCUCAUCACUCAUACAUGACAAAACCUCCCAUCAUCCUUCAAAAAAAUCAAACUGCCACAAGAAACAAAAUGAAUUGGAACGAUAUUUUGAAUUUGUAAAUUGGAGUGGCUCAACAACAUCCACGACGAAUACGGACUCAUCCAAUACCAAUGUCAAAGAUUCUCUAGAACUAUAUAAAAUUAAUUCCAACGACACGCUAUUGUAUUUCAACAAAUUGUGUGUGGCCAUGCAAUUUUCUCAAUUACUUUCCUUAAAAUUAUUUCCAAAUGCUAAAGAAAUUUCUGAAAGUUUUUCAGCCUAUUACAAUAUUCGUGAUUAUUUAAUUUUCUCAAAUAGACAAGACCUGUUAUCGAACAACAAUGUUAUUUGCUAUGUCGUUGCUGAUGGCAAUGUUCCAAGGACAGGUGCUACGUUUGCAUGUUCUACCAAUUGGCAUGUGUUUUCCAUCGAUCCAAGAAUGAAGAAAAAGUGGAAGUGUCUUUAUGAUGAGGAUAAGGUUGAAGAACCAAAGGAACCAAUGAAUGGUAGGAUUGAAAAUACCAACAAUCCAUCCUUGCAAGAUCAUUUCAAAACUGUUAUGCAUGGCCUAUCAAGUUGUGAACAAAUUCAACGAUUGUACCCUCUUUCACAGACGACAGAUGAAUUUUUACAGAGCAAUCUUUUUAACAACCUUAAACACCAUAUUUCACCGAGCCUUAAUGUCAUUAUUGCCGUUCAUUCUCAUGCUGAUUUGUGGCAAUUUUAUAAGGAGAUACCGAGUCCGAAAGUGUGCCUAAGUAUUCCUUGUUGUUUUGCGCCCAAUAUUCCAACACCUCCUCCUUUAGCCAUUUUUAAAGAUGAGGCUAUUCAUAGUGAAAAGAACGUGGUUUACAUGUGGUCUGAGUGA